AUGUCUUGCGGUACGGCUUGUCCCCUGGUAUGCAAUCAGACCUACACCGAAGGUUGCACGCUGCAGUGCGUGGCCAGCUGUUUCUGUCUUCCUGGAUACAUCAGGUCAUCCAAGGACGGUCGUUGCGUACCCCUCGAGGAGUGUCCGCCGACGUGCAAGGAUGACGUCACCAUGAUCUACACAACUUGUCGGUCGGCGUGCCCCCCUACGUGCAACGAAGAGUCCGUCGGUUGCCCCGAGGUGUGCGAAGGGGACGGCUGCGUCUGCAGAGAGAAAUACCUCCGCAUCUCUUCGGGGAACAAGACAUGCGUAGCUAAGGAAGACUGCCCCACUCCUAACUAUAGUUCAAAGUGA